ACGUGAAUAGUGUUCCCGGAGUACUAUGAGUUAUAUUUGCUCCACGUAUUAUGCGCAAAAGAGAUCAAGACAUCGCAAUUGAGUGUAGCUUUAAAUGAGUAUAAUUUCAUUAUUUGAAUAAUUAUAAUUAUCUGAAUUAUUGUUACCUUUAAUAAUAUAUAAUCAGUUGGUAUCUUGUUUCUACGUUUAUUAUAUUCAGAAUUCUACCAAUCGAAGAAGUCCGCCGAACUUACAUAAAUCUUUAUAGUUUUGUGUUCUCCUAUGGAAUAGUCUCUAUACUUAAUUUACUAAUUUGUUACUGGAAUGAGAUAAACAAUUAUUUUAAUAUUUUAAUACCAGAUUUGCCUGAGAUCCAUAAAAAUGACCCGAUACAAGGAAACAAAAACACUAGAAAAUUUGGCAUUAGGCAAGGUCGGGGAUUGGAUAGCGCAACUGGCUGAAACGUACAUGAUCCCUAAUUCCUUAUUGGCACAGCAUAAUCCAAACGAAGCACAAGUAAAACUGUCAAAUUAUGUAGACAAUAUAAGAAUAUAUUUGGACAGAAACGUCCCUUGGAUGUUGCACGAUGACCUUGCGAAGGAAACUAUAAAAUCGCUUUCGAAUCUUAUAGAAAAAACUAAACAAUCUUUAGGGUUUAGAGGUUCCAUGGGAAAAUUUGUCAGUCAAAUGAAUGUUGCCGUUAAAAUGACUGAAGCUCUGUUUACGAAAAAUUUUACUUAUGUAUCUAUUGACGGUAUCCCAAAAAUGAUGCGUUCUGUUUUCUAUACGAAGCUACACAUGUUGACUGGCUUAGUUUAUUUGAAUCUAGGGUCACUCUCGGGGGGCUGGAAGACAGCUGAUAUGGAGGAGUCCAUAGUUAAAGCUCUGAAAUGUUUGCAUAAUUUGCAAUACCUUUUCAUAAAUUACGAUUGUACCGAUAAAAUUUUAACAUGUAUAGUCAAACAUUGUCCAAAAAUUAGGAAAUUGGAUCUAUCUUGUUCGAAAUGUAUUACUAAUGAAAGUAUAAAUUUUAUUUGCCAAUUGAAAAAUUUGAAAAGCGUACAAUUGUAUCACACCUUCGUGACAUGGGAGGGUUACGUUAAUUUGCUAAUUAACAGCCACGGUUUAGAAGAUAUCGGUCGAUGUGAUGAAAUCGGUAAGAUAUUAGAAUUUAUUCAUACAAACUGUCCCGAAGCAGCGCCACUCGAUCUAAAAAUUUUUGUAAGUCGAUAUGCGACGAGCACUCAUUUACAACUAGCUGUAGAAAUGUGCCCAUUCAUACGUCACAUGACAGUAUUCCAUAAUACUUUACAAAGUGACCUAAUGGCUCUAAUAGGCUUAAGAGAUUUAUGUGAACUUAAAUUACUCUCAUGUGAUUUUUACGCCGACAACGUCAAACAGGUGCUGCAAGUGAAGGGUUGCAAUAUUGUAAAAUUACACUUAGAGCACGUAGAUCAAAUAGAUUUAAACGCUUUAAUGUAUAUUAGCCAAAUGUGUCCUCUUCUCAAAAGCUUAACUUUUUAUAAUUGUACUCUAAUACAACAUACAUCACUUUACACAAAAAAAUUAGAAAUUCUUCCAUUUAGGAAUUUAAAGAAUCUCACGAUUGUCUCGGCUUUUACUGAUGAACAUCUAUAUUUUAUUUUGAGUAAUUGUUUAAAUGUUAAAUUUAUACAAAUAGGUACUGCCAUUCAAUUUACAGAUGACUUUCUGCAUAAGGUUUUGGACACGAAUCCUUUAAUAUACUUGAAAGAAUUGCGAAUAAUGCAAUCUGACUUCUUAACUAUGGCAUCUGUAGAAAGAAUAAUACACACAUGCAUGAAUUUAGAACUUUUGGUGGAAAUAGAAAGCUGGACGUUGCUAACAGAGUCUGAUCGUGAUUAUAUUAGAAAUUAUAUUAAAAUUAACAAUUAUAAUAUAGAUACUACUCCUAUACGACGCUACGAUGCUUAGAAAGUAGAAAAUAAAAAUAUGACUUGGUUGAA